GCCGCCGCCGCCGCCAGCCGGGCGAGUCUAACAUGGCGCUGCGCCGGGCCGGGCCACUCCGCGGCUCAGGGGGCGAGGCCGGGGGCCCGGCGCCGGGCCUGAGAGCUCCGGGGCUGCCGCCGCUGCUCCUGCUGCUCCUGCUGCUCCCGCUGCUCCUGCUGAGUCCCGGGCAAGCUGGCGCCGCCCACGAGCCUCCCGCCCGCCGCGGCCCCGUGGUGCUGGGCAUGCGGCUGGAGAGCACCGACCGGCCGCUGUCCGAGCCGGAGCUGGGGGACGCGGGCGUGCUCCAGGUGCAGGAGGGCGCCGAGAUCCAGCUGCGCCUUUACGGGCUGGGCAUGACCGCCCGCGCCUACCAGGCGGUGUACUUCGCCGAGGUGGCGGGCCUGCCCGGCGGCGGCAACGGCACCUCGUCCCGCGGGACCAACGCCACCUGCCCGGAGAAGACGCAGGACCUGGUGGUGCAUCCCCUCCCCAGCGAGAGUCGCGCCACCUCGGCGGUGAUCGCCGUGAAGGUCCAGCUGCUGCGGAAGGCCGAGCGCUCCAAGCUCUACGUGCUGUGCUCUCGGAGCGACCCCGGGCAGCCUUGGCUGCGCCUGGAGGGCAAGGAUGCCUUCCUGCGCGUGGUGGAGGAGAAGAAGCACCUGCUGCCCCUUUGGCUGCAGAUCAUCGUCAUCAUCGGCCUCCUGGUGCUCUCGGGCAUGUUCAGCGGGCUCAACCUGGGCCUCAUGGCCCUGGACCCUAUGGAGCUGCGCAUUGUCCAGAACUGCGGCAGCGAGACAGAGAAGCUUUAUGCCCGCAAAAUUGAACCCAUCCGGCGCAAGGGCAAUUACUUGCUCUGCUCGCUUCUGCUGGGCAACGUCUUGGUCAACACCACCCUCACCAUCCUGCUUGAUGACCUCAUUGGCUCUGGGCUGGUGGCUGUCAUUGCCUCCACUUCUGGGAUUGUGAUCUUUGGGGAGAUUGUGCCCCAAGCUCUCUGCUCCCGUCAUGGCCUGGCUGUGGGUGCCAAUACAAUCAUUCUCACCAAGGUCUUCAUGCUCUUAACCUUUCCUAUUUCCUACCCCAUCAGCAAGCUCCUAGACUUCGUGUUGGGCCAGGAAAUUGGCACAGUCUACAACCGGGAGAAGCUGGUGGAGAUGCUGAAGAUCACUGAACCUUACAAUGAUCUGGUGAAGGAGGAGCUGAACAUGAUCCAGGGGGCACUGGAGCUUAGGACCAAGACAGUGGAGGAUGUCAUGACGCCCCUUCAUGACUGCUUCAUGAUCAACAGUGAUGCCAUCUUAGAUUUCAACACCAUGUCUGAAAUCAUGGAAAGUGGCUAUACCCGUAUACCAGUCUUUGAGGAGGAACGGUCCAACAUUGUGGAUAUCCUGUACAUCAAAGACUUGGCCUUUGUGGACCCCGAUGACUGUACCACCCUGAAGACAAUCACAAAGUUCUACAACCACCCUGUCCAUUUUGUCUUCCAUGACACCAAGCUGGAUGCCAUGCUGGAGGAAUUCAAAAAGGGUAAAUCACACCUGGCUAUUGUCCAGAAGGUGAACAAUGAAGGUGAGGGUGACCCCUUCUAUGAAGUGUUGGGAUUGGUGACAUUGGAAGACGUCAUCGAGGAGAUAAUCAAAUCGGAGAUCCUAGACGAGUCGGAUAUGUACACGGACAACCGCACCAAGAAGCGUGUGAGCCACAAGCAGGACAAGAGAGAUUUCUCUGCCUUCAAGGACAACGACGCGGAGUCCAAAGUGAAGAUCUCCCCGCAGCUGCUCCUAGCUGCUCAUCGCUUCCUCUCCACUGAGGUGACGCAGUUCACGGCCACCUUCAUUUCGGAAAAGAUUCUGCUGCGCCUGCUCAAGCACCGUGAUGUCAUCCAUGAGCUGAAGUUUGAUGAGGAGAACAAGAAGUCUCCCCGACAUUUCCUCUUCAACAGGAACAAGCCUGCUGACUUCUUCAUCCUCAUCCUUCAGGGCAAGGUGGAGGUAGAAGCUGGCAAGGAGAACAUGAAGUUUGAGACCGGGCCUUUCUCUUACUAUGGAGUGAUGGCUUUGAGUCCACCUGUCACAACACCACCGGACAGACCCCAGCAGCAGUCUCUUAUACAGCGAGGGUCUUUGCAUUCCAAGCUGUCAGUUUCAGAAAUGCGUUCUCCAUCUCAUAUGAGCAAUCUGAAUCGCUCGGCGUCUCUUUGCUACCACGAGCGCUCUGAGUCCAUCUCUUCCACCUUCAGUGGCAGCAACAACCAGCUUAAUGCCAACGCAAGUACCCAGUACUUCUCAGACUUCAGUGUUCGUGCUCUUACGGAUCUCCAGUAUGUCAAGAUCACGCGCCUCCAGUACCAAAACGGUCUCAUGGCCUCCCGUCUGGAGAGCUGUCCCCAGUCCCCCGACGGGAGCCCCCCCAAACCGGACACCUCCUUGCCAGAAAAGGGGGGCCCCCUGGCCAACAACGAAACAAUUGGCCUCUUGAACGAAAGGAACUGCCAGCACCCAAAGACGAACCACAGCUCCCCUGACAACGUGGUCUGACCCAGGCCCCCGGGGCAGCUGGUCUGGCCCAGCUUGCCCACCCUUUCCCUUCCGAAGACACGCCAGUGCCCGCAGAAGGGUUUUGACUGGGCAUCUAUCAACCUCAGGUAGCAGCUGCCACCUGGGCCGUGGGGAGAGAAUGCUCCCUUGCGCCCCCGGGACUCUUUCCGACUCAUCUGCCCUGUUUUCCCAGCCAGGUGGCUUUGAACUGGGAGGGCAGGCAAACCAGCCUUGAAAGCGAUAGUUGGCCACCCAUUCCAAGGCGACAGGCUAUGGAUAGGAAGGGAAGGCCCGAUCCUGGGUCGCCUGCAGUGUUCCGGUUUCUUCCCAGUUUGCAUCUCAGCAAGCCAGACAAGCAGGAAGAGCAGAUCUCCCCUUCUCUGUUCUGGUUUCGAACUUGGUGCAGCGGGGAGGAAGCAAGCCACCACACAGCCAGGGGUGCCCAGAGGCAGCUGCCUUUUUCCAGAGGGCCCGUUCUGGUUCUCCCUUCCUUCCCCACCAGGAGGUGGGGGAGCUCCUUGCUUCAGUUGCAGCAGCCAGUAGUGACAAAGGUGGCACCAAACUCAGCCAAGGAGACGCAGGUUUAUGGGGGCGUAAGCCGCUGUCUCUCAAGAAGACAAACUUUGCUUUCCCAUCUCAGGGAGUUGAGACUUCGUUAUUUGGGAUUAUCUUUUUUUUUUCUUUUUAAUCAAGCCUUUGGGGUAUUUGAUAGCAGGAAAGACAAGGAGGAACCAGCCAGGAUCUGUCCCCACCAAGGACCUCUGCUUUGGAAGAAAGUUCAGUUUCCCGAUUCCAAUUCGGUUCUCGUUUGGUUCCCAGUUACAGCCUCAUGUUUCAAGGGAUCCUAACAAAGUCAGUCCUACGACAAGAAACAGCAGGAGAUCAAAUGAAAGUUACAUCAGGUCAUAAAUAGCAAAUAAAAGCCUCCCUAGGGUUGUUUUUUUUUUAAGCUUCUGCAAAUAGAAACCUAACAUGGGAAGAUAAAUGUUGGGCAGAGGUACAGCUUUCCUCUUGGGUGUCCUUUGUUUCUACUUGCAGGGAGGUGCCUCCGUUUGGAGUAAUAAUUCUCAUUUUUUUCUUGCUUUUUUUACUGGGGAAGAUUUAAAUGGGUACCCUCCACUUCCUGUCUCCAGCGGUACUGUUCAUUUUGCCAACCCAAAAUGGGGCUAUAUACAUAGUCAAUCUCUGAUUUCCAAUUUCAAGGUACCCUAUAGAGUUGCAUGAGGUUCUGGUGCAGUCAUAGUUGUGGGAUACAGUUGGUGGCGUUUGGGGCUUGCAAAUUAAAGGCAAGAUUAAGAAUUGGAUUGUGCAAGUGCUGCAGCUGAGGAAGGACAGUCAUUCCAACUCCUAAUGUUGGAAUCGCCUCCUUUUGGAGACAUUACAUGUGGCUGUAAUUGUAGUAAUACAUUUUGUUGUAUUUCUUUUUCAACCUGACUUGGAUCCAAUGUCCUCUUGAUUUACUUGUGGACCACAAGUAAGGCAUGUUUUUUGGGAUGUAUGAAAACUGAGUGAAUUCAUGAGAUGAGGUUUUAUGGGGAAAGUGUCAUCCACUGGUUGGAAUUGGGAUAUGAACUAAUUUUCAGUGGCCAAAUGUCAUGCAGUUGAUGUAAAACAAACUCCAGUACAAUCUAGCCAGGCUUGAUAGUUUGGUCAAUUUACCGUGUGCGAUUUUUGGUUAACUUGGAGGCAACUUUGAUAGCAGCUUUUUAGAAAGACACAGAGUAUGAUCGUUGGAUCAAAGCAGUUAUGCAAAAAUGCCUGUUUCAUUUAGGGAGGUAUUCAUUGGGACAGGUGUUAAUCUGCAGCAAAAAUGCUGCUGCCUUUUUCCCAUGGGUAUGAAAACUCAGCCCUUUGGCAGAUGUUGCAAACUUGAGAACCAGAUGUUGAAUUAGCAAGUUUGGCUCUUCAAGGCUGCACAGCACAUAUGAAUGUACGCUUCUUUAAUCCCUCCACUCUUAAUCAGUUACCAUUCAGCAAUGGCUUUAAAAAUGUGCAAACCCAUCUUAGAAAAUGGAAUUGUUUGGGCAGCCAGUCACAUCUCUGUUGAGCAUCUUCAUUCCUGUGUCUGCCAUCCUAGGAUCUCCCACUUUCCUUUCAAAAGGCAUUACUUUUCAUUUCGCUUCCUCUGAUCCUCAGAACCGCCUGGAGUUUUAAAUCCUCCCCCCAGACUAUUUCCAAGAGGCCUUGGGCACAAGGGCAACCACCACCACACUUGAGGACCCCCCAGAUCUGCAAGGCUUCACUUCCCUUCAUCCCUAGACAAAGGGUGAUGGUAACCAGGGCAUUAUGGGAGUUGUAAUUAAACCCAUCUGGUGGGAAUUGGGUUCAAGGUGUCUGCCUACACUAGUCUUCUUUUGAGUUGGAUUGGAUCCCUGCUGACUUUACGGAUACUUCCGUGUUGUUUUCUUGAUAUAGAAGUGACUUCCCAUUGCUUCUUUCAGAUUUGUUUUUUAAUUUCUUAGUCUAACUCACAGCCCUGACACGCCCUGGCAUUUUCUCCUGGUCUCCCAUCCACGCAUAACCAGAUUUGAUCCUGUUUAGCUUGUAGAGAUCAAGCAAGGUCAGCUAAUGAAAUCUAAAUAUAUGUAACCAAAAUAUAGGAUUCCCAUCUCUGUUUUGCCCCUUCCUCUCUUUCUUCUUUCCAGCUGAACUUAAGAGUGUAGCUCCCUGCUCUCCCCACCCCACCCCUGGACAAAUACCUGUCGUCUCAUAAAGCACAUUAAUAAUACCAUAUGGAUAAUAAUGCUACAAUAACAUGAGUCACCCAGUAACCUGUAGAUGGGCUUGCAGCAAGCCAUGUUGCAACUAAAUAAUUAAGAACAUUGUGGCACCUUGUUUAAUGAGCCUCAAGGCACUUAUUACAUUUGUUGCAGAAGUAUGUAUUCUACUUUCUUCUCCAGAGCCUCAUCAAGCUCAGGGUGAGGCUUGACGGAUCAUAAAAGUGAUUCCCAAAGUGGGUAUGUCACCUACCUAAAGGCAAGAGUUUAAAAAUUAAUAAUUGCAUCUUGCACAACAGGUGAGUGGUCAGCAGAAGUGUGUGUCAUGGGGAAUACCUGACCCAGCUUGACCUAUCUCCUACCUGGAGGUUGCCCAUUGCAUCUCUGUAUGAAUCCUUCAGGUGUUUCUAGUGCAGGAACUCAUGCAGAGAGACAGCGGGUGGUUUGGCUCUCCCGUUUGUGCCGUGGUUUAUUUUGCAUACUGAUUUUUAUUUCCUAGCUCAGGGUCAAGUUGCAGCUCUGUAUCUAUAGGAAAAGCACCUGCAAAUCAAUAUAGGCACAACAGGAAACCUCUUACAGGCCCAGUGCAGCGCAGAAGCCCUUUGAUGAAAGGCUUCAAUUUGCUGUGAACGAGAACAGGAUGGGCAAACUCUAAGCAGCCAGGGCUGCUGUGGGCUGAGUGAUGUUGUAAAGGGGUGGGGGGCAUUUGGGAUUCUUUUGAGUUUUGCAUCUAUGUGGGGGAGGGGGAUUUUUUAAACUAUGUCUACUGUAGACUUAACAAUAUUAUGCAUUCUAGUGAUGGCAAAUCAUGCUGCCCAUUUGCACCAACUGCCAUUAAAGGAGAUUCUGGGGGCCACAGAAAAGGGCUCGGGAGCACAUGCAACCUCAGGACCUCAGACUGCCCACGUUUUGAAAUAAAAGGACUCAGAAGUCAAAUCCCAGAAUUCACAUUUUGCUAGAAAUUGCCCCAGUGUGCACAAUGGGGACCCUUUUUCUGACAUUUUCCAAAUCAGCUAAAGGCCCAACUUUGGGAAUUCUGUUCUUGGAGAUUCCGAAGUUUCUUCUUUUAACAUCUCCAGAUGUCACCAUGAUGGGAAAAACAAACCAGGAUGGCAGCCUGGAUUUGCAUUCAUGGCUAUCCAAGCUUUCCUCUGAAGAUGAGGAGAGAAUGCAGGCUGCUAAUUUUGCCCCCACAGGAAAAGGUCCUGUUUCUAUUGAAAUAUAUUUAUUGUGCAGCAGGAGGAAGGACGCUACUCCAUUAGCAUGAGUUUGUCACAAGUCAGCCACUUGGCACCAUUCCAUAAGGAAAAACUACGUGCUCAUGUCAGAGAGUAUGGUACCCUGCAAAUGUUUUGGAUUGCAUUGAGCUUCCGCUGUAGGAGUUCUGCUCUCCAGCUUGGAGAAAGCUGAUAUCAAAAUCGAUGUGUCUUCCUAAAAAAAUAAAAACAUGAAUAAUUUGGAACUUGCAGCCAUCCUCCUAAAAUUUGCCAUUGAUAUAGGGUAGAAGCAAACGGUUGCAUAUGGGCACACUGUCAUGGCAUGGGGCUUGCAUUUGGUCCUGAGGUUGAAUUCAGAAUGGGUCCCAUUUUCCAUGGCGAGCAUAGAGCGUGGCUAUGAACCACAGUCCUGGUUUCCCACCUGCCAAACCCAAGGUCAGGAAUUCCACGCAGCAACUAACAACAACAAGACGUUAGUCCUGCCCUUAACCGCCGUUUGACCUCAGCACGAUGGCAAGCCAUCAGGGUGAGCUCCAUUCCUUGAUCCGAGUUUUGCAAGUGGGCAGCGGACAUUCCUAAAGGCUCAGGGAGUAGAAGGGAAACCCCCAGAGAUGCUCAAUUCCAGCUCAGCUGCCGGGCUACCUCUUCGACCAACUGUAUUCCUUGCCAAGGAAUUCCCCGCAAACCGAAAUGCUGUUGUCUGGAGCAGUGAAGUUCGCUGCCAACGCUUGAUGCCAUUUCUGAAUGCUGAGGCAGGAGAGCAGCCUAAAGUCAGUCCUAAGAAAGGAAGAGGGGUGUGUGUGUGUAUGUGUGUGUGUCGGAUAAGAUCCUUUUCACCCUGUUGUUCUAGUGUUCUCCUUGCGGGGUUCUUAAAAAAAAAAAAGAUGACCAACCGUCUUCAUAUGUUCCUUUUCAUUCCUCUGCCAGGCUUGGCCAAAUAAUGUCCUUUGUCCUCCUUGUUUCUGGAACUCGCCUACAGAAUUGGAUUUGAGUUGCGUUUGGCUCUAGCAAUACUUGAUUCUGGAAUUUAGGAGGAUAGGAAUUCCUUCACUUCCUCUGUAACUUAAACAAAAAAAAAAACUAUGCAGGAAGGGUAGCUAGACCUACAGCCAGGGAUGGUCUCUGCUUCCCUUCCUCCCUCGCAGGGAUAUUGUAAAUGGAUCUUGGCGCUUUUAAACAGCUUUAAUUGGACUAUACAUGUGUCUCAUUUGAAUGUGGCUUUUCAUCUGACUAUUAAACUUUUCUGUUUUGUGCGGAGUCUUAUUUCCCGUUUUAAAACUAUUGAUAUUAUUAUUCCUACGGAAAGCACAGUGGUUUCUCAACCUUUUUGCCCCUUUGUGGGUGACCUAAUGUAAUUUAUUGUCUUUGUUUCUGAUUUUAAAAUACAAACACUAAGCUUUAAGAUUCUAGCUCCCAUGGCAGCGGCAGGCGGGGGAGAUACGCUGUAAAAGGAAAAAAGAUAAAAUAAAUAAUAUCAAAUUAUUUAUGGUGAAAAAGUUUGUGAUUUUUCUUUCUCAGCCUCAUCUGCUGUUUGAUAAUUAUAAUAAUUAUUCCAGGGAUAGUGAGUU